AUGUGUAGUCGAGUAUUGCCCGAGGCCCUUUAUAACUCGUUCACAAGAAAGAUCAGCGCUCGGGUUGAUCCGGCCAUUGUGAGAGCAGUCUGUGUCGAUCAUACGAAAAUUCUAGCGAAGGUCACAAUUCGCAGGCUACCUUCAGAAGGUGAAUUGUUAACGCGGGAAGAACAAGCUGGUUUUCACAAUGAUCACGUUCAUAACAUCUUCACGACUGAACAAAAUAUUAUGCCUCGUGGCACGCACCAACAGAGGACCAUUCGCCUGACCGUCGAGUUGAUGAAUCCGACUGACUCUUUUGGAGUGCAUUUCGAUGAACGGCGCUCAUCCCAAAUUCUUAAACAUCCUCAAAGUGACAUAUGGUGCGAGUUUUGGCUAUAG